GCGGCGCGCGGCCGCGCAGCAAGGCGCGCUCAAGAUGUCGUACAUGCUUCCGCAUCUGCACAAUGGCUGGCAGGUAGACCAGGCCAUCCUUUCGGAGGAGGACCGCGUGGUCGUCAUUCGUUUCGGACACGACUGGGACCCCACUUGCAUGAAGAUGGACGAGGUUCUGUACAGCAUCGCCGAAAAGGUUAAAAAUUUUGCAGUUAUUUAUCUUGUGGAUAUUACAGAAGUACCCGACUUCAACAAGAUGUAUGAGUUGUAUGACCCCUGUACUGUCAUGUUUUUCUUCAGAAACAAACAUAUCAUGAUUGAUUUGGGCACUGGCAACAACAACAAGAUCAAUUGGGCCAUGGAAGACAAGCAAGAAAUGGUUGACAUCAUAGAGACUGUGUACCGUGGUGCCCGCAAAGGCCGCGGUCUAGUAGUGUCUCCCAAGGACUACUCUACAAAGUACAGGUACUGAGCACUACCCUCACCGGCUGUGCAAAGGACACUGGGAGCUCUUCAUAGUCU